UCAAAGCCACGAUCUGUAUAUAAGCAGAAGCUCCGUCCCUUGUACUCCACUCUGCCUUUAGCAGCUGCCUGGAGAAGCCGAGAAGCUCAAAUCCCAUCCAAACAUGAGUGACCUGGAAACCGCAAUCAAUCUCAUCAUCGAUGUCUUUGACAAAUAUUCCUCUACUGAGGGCAAAAAAGACACUUUAUCCAAAGGGGAAUUAAAGACUAUGAUGGAGAAGGAACUGCCUGGACUCAUAAAGAAUGCGAAAAGUAAAGAUGAGUGUGGCCAGCUUCUAAAGAACCUGGAUGAAAAUAGAGACAAUGAAGUGGAUUUUAAGGAAUAUAUGAUAUUUGUUGGUGCGAUCACCUGUAUGGGGCAUGAAAGAUUUCAACAAACGUCUAAAAAAUAAUUAUUUCAAUCAAUCUGCCUUUGACUAAUAAAGUUCAGUAUAUUGUAUUUGUU